CUUCUCCUUUUUCUUUUUAUUAUUAUUAUUAUUAUUAUUAUUAUUAUUUUAUCUCUUACCUGAGAAACAUCUAUUGUAUUAUUUCAUCACUCCCAUGAAGGAGGUUUCAUGGCAGAAUGAUUGGCAUCCUCAAACGGAAAUGGAUUGCCAGAACGAGUUCUUCUACGACUAUGACCCUAUCAACGAUGACUGUGAUGAUUUCUUCACCGACAUCAUCCUCCAGCCGGCACCGCCCACGCCGUUCUCCUCCGAGAGCGAAAGCGAUCACUCUUUUCGCGCUUCCAAGACCGUCCAAACCAAUUCCUUCCUCCCCAGCGCCGCCGUUAACACCGUCGCUUCCAAACGCUCCGCUCCCCGGACUUACAUUCUCUCCUUCGAUAGCUCAACGGUGGUACCCGCCACACCCGAACCCUCCGUCCCUUCUUCCCUUUUACCCGCUAAACGGGCCCUCCACACUCAAAGCCCGACAACCAGGCCCAAUCAAGCAUCUAAGAGAACCCGAACCUCUUCUCAGACCGUCGAUCACAUAAUGGCCGAGAGAAAGAGGAGGCAAGAACUCACCGAGAGAUUCAUAGCACUCUCAGCCACCAUUCCCGGCUUGAACAAGACGGACAAGGCUUCGGUGCUUCGAGCAGCGAUCGAUUACGUGAAACAACUCAAAGAAAAGGUAGAUGAACUGGAGAAGCAAAACAGAAAGAGUGCAGCAGAGACAGUAAUAUUGGUGAAUAAAACCGACUCAAAUGGAAAUGAAGACAGCACCAACUCCACUGAAACGAACUCCAGCAUGCUUCCUGAGAUGGAAGCGAGAGUGUUGGGGAAGGAGGUGCUCAUUGAGAUCCACUGUGAGAAAGAAUAUGGUGUUGAGCUAAAAUUAUUAGACCAUCUUGAAAAUCUUCAUCUCUGCGUAACCGGUAGCAGUGUUUUGCCAUUUGGGAAUUCCGCUCUCUGCAUUACCAUCACAGCUCAGAUGGAUGAGGAGUAUGAGAUGACAGUGAAUGAUCUGGUGAAAAACCUGAGAGAAGUUCUAUCGAAGUCUCAUUUGGUAAGUGACAGUGAUCCGUACUAGUGUAUCAAACAAGGGGUUGUAGUGUGAAAUUGGAAAUUUUUUGUUUGUGGUGUUUAUGAUUUUGGUCGGCUUUCGUGUGGAUUAUAUAUCAAUAUGGCUUGGUUUGUCAUGUAUGAUGUUGCUGUUUAUAAAGACAGAAACAGAGAGAGAGAGAGAAAAAGGAGAGUGAUACGUUGUUUUUCAGUGAAAUAUGCUGAAAGAGAAGCACAUGUAACAAGAUGUACGACAACUCCUUUUUGAUGUAUGUUUGUCAAGCAGAAAAAUAUGUAAUUUUUAA